AUGGAAGUCCCCCCAGGAACCAAGUUUGCUCAGAACUUUGUGCUUGAAGACAGGCUCGAGCUGCAGCAAGAACUCUUCUUGGUGGGGGGCCUGGGGAGUCCUUUUCUUCAGGACAGAAGUUUGGAGCACAUGGCUGUUGUGUACAAGGACAUUCCUCUUGGGGAACAAGGUGAGGAGUGUGACGAUUAUGGGGGCAAUUUCAGCCUGUGCUCUGGCCCUGUUCAGCAUCAGGGUUUGCCCCUGGCCACCAGACCCCAGGACGAUGAGCUGUUUGGCCCAGCCUUUCUCCAGAAGCCAGACCUCAAUGUGUGUGAGAUGGUCCAUGGUGGAAAGGACUCCAGUGAGUGUGAUGGGAAGAAAGCAAGAUGGGAGAGUGUGGUGCUUGAUGGCCCUCACGGAGCGGCACAGCCAGCCAAGCCCUACACCUGCCGGGAGUGCGGCAAGGCCUUCAGCCAGAGCUCACACCUGCUGAGACACCUGGUCAUCCACACCGGGGAGAAGCCGUACGAGUGCCGGGAGUGCAGCAAGGCCUUCAGCCAGAGCUCACACCUGCUGAGACACCAGAUCAUCCACACCGGGGAGAAGCCGUACGAGUGCCGGGAGUGUGGCAAGGCCUUCCGCCAGAGCUCCGCCCUCACGCAGCAUCAGAAGACCCACACUGGCAAGAGACCCUACGAGUGUGGGGCCUGCGGCAAAGAUUUCAGCCGGAGUGCAAGCCUCCGGAAGCAUGAGCGGGUUCACACUGGCGAGAAGCCGUACCAGUGCAAGGAGUGUGGGAAAGCCUUCAACCAGAGCUCGGGCCUGAGCCAGCACCGGAAAAUCCACACUCUGAAGAAGCCCCAUGAGUGUGAGCUUUGUGGGAAAGCCUUCUGCCACAGGUCCCACCUCAUCCGGCACCAGAGGAUCCACACGGGGAAGAAGCCCUACCAGUGUGAGGAGUGUGGAAAAGCCUUCAGCCAGAGCUCCAACCUCAUCGAGCACCGCAAGACCCACACUGGGGAGAAGCCCUACAAGUGCCACAAGUGUGGGAAAGCCUUCAGCCAGAGCUCCUCACUCAUUGAGCACCAGCGGAUCCACACGGGGGAGAAGCCCUACGAGUGCGGCCAGUGCGGGAAGGCCUUCUGCCACAGCUCAGCCCUCAUCCAGCACCAGCGGAUCCACACCGGGAAGAAGCCCUACACGUGCAAUGAGUGUGGGAAAGCCUUCCGGCACCGGUCGGCCCUCAUCGAGCACUAUAAGACCCACACCAGGGAGAAGCCCUAUGAGUGCAACACCUGCGGCAAGUCCUUCCGGGGCAGCUCUCACCUCAUCCGGCACCAGAAGAUCCACACCGGGGAGAAGCUGUAG